CACCAAGCUUAUGAUACUAUCUCAUUCUUAAACAACAUGCAAUUCAAUGCCAAAAUAAGUUUCUUCAAAUCAUCCAAACCUUCUCCUAUUUUCACUUCAUUUUGUUAAUCCAAUAACCUUUACGUGAAUCCUUCUCAACCCAAAAUAAAAACCCCAUUCAUACCCAAAUUCUCAUAGCUUCACGUCACACUUUCUUUCGCUCCAAUGGAACCUCUUACUUACCUCUUCUUUCCUCUUUUUCUUCUAGGCUGUUUCUCUCCGUUAACACUCUCACGAACCACACGGCACACUCCCAAAACGACACUCCUCGACGUCGUUUCCUCGCUUCGAAACGCGCACAAUGCCGUCGCUUCACCCCAUUACCACCCUCUCCAACAACAGCAAGAACCCUCUCCUCUAUCGUCGUUCGCUGUUCAGCUACAUUCCCGUGCCUCAAUUAAAAAACCCUCGCACAGCGAUUAUAAAUCCCUAACCCUUUCUCGUCUCGAACGCGACUCAGUCCGAGUCAGGGCUCUGCAAACUCGUUUAGAUCUUGCUUUGAACCGCGUCUCGAACUCGGAUCUCCUCCCGGCCGAGUCACGCCCCGAGUUCGAAGCCAACGCACUCCAGGGCCCAAUCGUCUCGGGAACGAGUCAGGGAAGCGGUGAGUACUUCCUCCGAGUUGGAAUCGGAAAGCCACCUAGUCAAGCCUACGUGGUUCUUGAUACAGGAAGCGACGUCAGUUGGAUCCAAUGCGAGCCAUGCUCCGAAUGCUACCAACAAUCCGACCCCAUAUUUAGCCCGCUUUCGUCCUCUUCCUACUCGCCGAUCCACUGCGACGCCCCGCAGUGUAAAUCCCUCGACCUCUCCGAGUGCCGCAACGGAACCUGCCUCUACGAAGUCUCAUACGGCGACGGAUCUUACACUGUGGGCGAGUUCGCAACGGAGACUGUCACUCUCGGCGCAUCGGCAGUAUCCGGCGUCGCCAUUGGCUGCGGCCACAAUAACGAAGGACUAUUCGUUGGCGCUGCAGGUCUGCUCGGUCUCGGCGGCGGAAAGCUCUCGUUUCCGGCGCAGGUCAAUGCGACUUCGUUUUCGUACUGUCUCGUGGACCGUGACUCCGACGCCGUUUCCACUCUUGAAUUCGACUCGCCGAUGCCGCGCAACGCUGUCACCGCGCCGCUGUUGCGGAACCAAGAGCUCGACACGUUCUAUUACCUCGGUUUGAAAGGAAUCAGCGUUGGCGGAGAGACUCUCCCGGUACCUGAGUCGAGCUUUGCUGUCGAUGCCACCGGAGGAGGCGGCAUCAUUGUCGAUUCCGGCACGGCCGUGACACGGCUACGGAGCGAGGUGUACGAAGCGCUCCGCGACGCGUUCGUGAGGGGGGCGCAGGGGUUGCCGAAGGCGAACAGUGUGUCGUUGUUCGACACGUGCUACGACUUGUCGUCGAGGAACACUGUGGAGGUGCCGACUGUGUCGUUUCAUUUUCCUGAGGGGAGGGAGUUACCGUUACCGGCGAAGAAUUACCUGAUACCGGUUGACUCGGUUGGGACAUUUUGCUUCGCGUUUGCACCAACGACGUCGUCGUUGUCAAUCAUUGGGAACGUGCAGCAACAAGGGACACGUGUCGGUUUCGAUAUCGGUAACUCGCUCGUUGGAUUCUCUGCCAACAGCUGCUAAUGAAAGGGUGGGUGUAAGCGUAUGACAGAAGAAUCUCGUGAUUACUUUUAUUUGUAUUUAAAUUAAUUUAAUAUUUUGUUUUUCUAAUUUGUAAUGUAACGGUGGGUAAGGGUAAUUGGGUAAAAGCAUUUCUUUUUUCAAUUGUAACGUGUGGGCCCAUUUGGAUAAGGUACAAUGUAAGUUGGGCCAGCCGAAUGGUGCUAAAUUGUAGAAUUAAUGAGUGAGGAAGUGGUGCUUAUGCAAUGGCGAGGGUUGCCUGAGAA